AUGGAUUAUACCGGCGGUAGCGCAGAGGCUGACCAUCUCUGCGUCUUGGUUCACGGGCUUUGGGGAAACCCCAAUCACAUGGCCAACAUUGCGAAGAGCCUGCGGUCCCAGUAUCCUGCUGACAAGCUCUAUCUCCUCCUCGCCAAAAGAAAUAGCGGGAGCUUCACCUACGAUGGCAUCGAGCGCGGCGGCGAGCGUGUGUGCGCCGAGAUCGAGGAAGAGCUUGGCUUGAUCGAGAAGAGAGGAGGCAGCAUCACUAAAAUCAGCAUCGUCGGUUACUCGCUCGGUGGUCUCGUCGCACGCUAUGCCGUCGGCCUCCUCUAUGCAAAGGGGUUGCUAGACAAGCUCGAGUGCAUGAACUUCACCACGUUUGCCUCGCCUCAUCUCGGUGUCCGCACGCCUCUCAAAGGAUGGCACAACCACGUCUGGAACGUCCUCGGCGCAAGGACUCUCUCCAUGUCCGGACGCCAGCUUUUUACCAUUGACAAGUUUCGCGACACGGGCCGGCCCCUCUUGGUGGUUUUGGCUGAUCCCAACUCGAUCUUCAUGUCGGGCCUGAAGAAGUUCAAGAGACACACCUUGUACAGCAACAUGGUCAACGACAGAAGCGCCGUCUUCUACACCACUUGCAUCUCCAAAACCGACCCCUACCGCGACCUCUCGUCCAUGCAGAUCAAUUAUGUCAAAGAUUACGAAGACGUCGUCCUGGACCCUCACAACCCCUUCUCGUCCAAACCGAACCUGGGAACCCCCGCAACCCUCUCGUCCGUUGCCGUCACUGCCGUCUCCUGGCUUCGCAGCGUUCCCUUCAUGCUGGCUGUCACCAUAUUCGUUCCGAUCGGUAUCAUUGGGUUCCUCAUCAAUUCAUGCAUCCAAACCGCGCGCUCAUCGAAGCGGAUCCGCCUCCAUGAGGAGGGACGGGCGGGUGUCAAGGUCACCGACUAUCGGAGCUUCCCCCUUUGGAUCAACGAGAUCCGCACCGAGGUGGAACACGCAUACGAAGCGCUCAACAACGCGCAGCACCAAGACUACCUCGGAUCGGAAACGGAAGAAGACGACGAGACGCUCGACAUGAAUCUGGAAGACUCAAAGGUGCUUGCCCGGGAGCGCCGCAUGUCCAUCCCUUCGCAGCGUACCCUUGCGCUGGCCCCCUAUCAGUUCAGUAUGAUCGAGUCUCUCGACAGUCUUAACUGGCAUAAAUACCCGGUCUGGAUCCACCGUGACAGGCACAGCCAUGCUGCCAUCAUUGUUCGCUGGGAGAAGGAAUCAUUCAGUGAGGGGAGGGUUGUUUUGAAGCACUGGCUGAAGGAGGAGUUCCUCAUGUGA